AUGGACCUAAUGAGCAUAGUGAACGAAGAUCACCAACAAAACGGCCUAUGCUUUCAAAAUCGGUACUUGGAAACCGGAGAGUUUCGCGGCACAGGCGCUCAAGGAAGAGCAUUUUCUGUUAGGGAUACAAUUCUCGGAGAGAAUGGUCUCAUUAUGAAGAUGUCUUCACUUUCUGAAUCUUAUCAAAGAGAGCUUCUGGUCCUCAAAGCAAUGACAGCACACCGAGGAUUUCCAUAUCUCUACGAUUUUUUCACGAUUCCUGAAGAGCUUGGCGGAGAACAUUGUUUUGUUACCAAUUACGAAGGAGAAUGUAUUGGAACUAUUGCUGCUCGCUCAGAAAGACGAUUUUCCUACUCUAAUCUAAUGAGAAUCGCCUUCAAGCUUUUUUGGACGUUAGAGACACUUCACAUGAAAGGGUUCUGCCACAGAGACAUUCAUUGGGAGAACGUACUUCUCCGAAGAGAGCGUGAUGGAAUUCUCCAUCUCAAGAUUAUCGAUUUCGGAUUGUCACUUCCGCUAGAACCAUCGCCUUCUCCAGAACAAAAUCUAACUUCUUGGCAUGCCAGUCUACAAGUCUGCCGAAACCAAUCCUACACCAGAUUCGACGAUCUUACUUCGGCCAUUUUCCUCGUGAUGCGAUUCGUUCCACUCAACCCAUUUGGAGCGGAACGAAGAGAGUACCAAACAUUGAAAGCAGAAUUUGAUCAAGAUCCUUUCGAAAUAUUCAACGAUGAGCUGGAAUGGAUCGCAGGACUGUAUUCCGAAGUUAGUCUUCAAAGGACCACCGGCUACUCACACACUGAUCUCUUCGAUAUUUUCUACAAAUUCAACCCUGGAUUCGACCCAACAAGCCCGAUCACUUACCGUAUCGUUCGUAAUCAGUUAAUUAUUGAUUAA